UUGACCAAAAAACUUAUAUUUCUGAUUGCUAUGUGGGUAACUCUGGAAUGGAUUGGACUUGAAUCGGGAUGGCCAUCGAUCCUCAUUCCAGCAGAUAUGAUCCAGUGAUUCAAGAUCAUUUCAAACCAUUUCAGGUCAAUACUUGCUUCAUUCAGGCCCGAUUCUAGCCGAUUUGACAUUAACAAACAACCCAGGAAUUGCAGUAACUACCUCUGGUUAUAAACUCUGAGGAACUGUUAAUGGGUAUCACUUCCCAGCUCGAACUGUAAAAAAUGGCGAAAGCUUGUUUGUCCGAACUUCAAUUUUUGGCAUUCAGCUCAGAGAACAAUUUUUUUUUAACAUCAAUAAGUAUCGUUCGAUGAGGAAAACCCACCAGCAACAAAACCCAACCAGUGAUGUUUCCCCAAAAGGGAUUCUGCGGUUCUUCCUUCUCAUUUCUGCUACUACUGUUAAUGGCUACUGGAGCUGUUGGGUUUGGUUCAAUGGGUUCAAUCUCCGCCGCGUUCGGAGAAGAACGGUUUUUCUGUGCUAUUGAUGCGAGCGGGAAACAAGAUGUGGUAUGCUGGGAGAGGAACAGCUCCUUAACCUCCGACGCCGAUUAUUUCAGUGCACUACCUCCCAUGGCUGCGCUCACAGGGGGAGAGGGUUUCAUGUGUGGCCUUGAAGCCAAUACCUCUCAACCCUACUGUUGGAACUCCGUCAGUUCAGAUACGGAUCUCGUCCCUAUGAAACUCCAAAACACCUCUUACUCCCACAUUGCUGCAGGAACAAAUCAUGUUUGUGCCAUUAGAGGAUCUUAUUAUUCCAAUUCCGAUUUGUGUCCCGUCGAUUGUUGGGAUUUGCUUCCAAGUGUUAAUAACACAAUGGUUUCUGUUAACAGUUCCUCGUUUUCUGAUCCAUCCGUUAGUAAUCUCGUUUUGAGGAAUCUUGUUUCAGGGGAAGGCUUUGCUUGCGGUGGAGUAAUGGAAGGGGGAAUUGUUUGUUGGGGACCCAAAUCCACGAAUUUGAGGUUGCCUGCCGUAUCGGACAGUUUCGUAAAUCUUGCUUCGGCGAGGGAUGCCCUGUGUGGGAUUUCUGGAGACUCUGGUAAUGUCCAAUGCUGGGGCCAAACCGAUUCGUUCAGUAAUCCUCCCAUUGGAACUCGAUUCGUAGCUUUAACUGCAGGAGCUCGCCAUUUCUGUGGGAUUCGAGAGAGAGAUCAUGCGAUUGAGUGUUGGGGGAACUUCGAAGCUUCAUCGGUUCCCAAGGGUUCUGGGUUUCUGGCUAUUGCCUCUUCUGAUUAUACCACUUGUGGUGUUAGGGAAGAUGAGCUUAUACUUGAUUGCUGGGGGGUUCAGGGGCCUUCCUCGCAGGAUUACAACCCUCCCUUGCAGCUGUGUAGUCCAGGUCUCUGUACUGCAAGCUCCUGUGGUGAAGGGAGCUUUGCUUUCAAUGCCAGCAGCCUCAACGUGCCUGAAGUUACAAGCUUGUGCAUCAAGAAAGAGCUGAAGAUCUGUUCUCCUUGUCGAUCAAACUGUUCAGAAGGCUUCUUCCCCUCUAGUUUUUGCAAUGAGAAUGCCGAUCGAGUGUGCACCGAUUGCUCUCUUUGCCAGAAUAGCUCAUGUUGGGAUAUUUGUGGGCUCCCUGCAUCUUCAGGGAUGCAGCUGGAGCACCCCCAGAUGAAGACAUUGAUGAUCGUCAUAGGGUCUUCUGUUUCAGGCCUUGCCUUGGUCUUCAUUGGGUGGUUUCUACUCCACCAUGUAAUUAACUUCAAGAAGGAACAGCAAUGGAAGACUCAAUUUAUGUUCUGCAUUGGCAAGGUUGUGGAGGAACCUGAUCCCAACAAUGAACCAGUACUGGCUCCCCUGAGCACAGCCUCAUCCAUUGGCAUAACCCAAGUGUUCCGCCUCUCGGAACUGAAGGAUGCUACUAAUGGGUUCAAGGAGUUCAAUGAGCUUGGCAGGGGAAGCUAUGGAUUUGUUUACAAAGCUGUUCUAUCAGAUGGGUUGCAGGUUGCAGUCAAGAGGGCCAAUGCUGCGACAAUAAUCCAUACCAACAGCCGGGACUUUGAAGCAGAGUUAGAGAUCCUCUGCAAGAUCCGGCAUCCCAAUAUUGUGAAUUUAUUGGGUUACUGUGCUGAGAUGGGGGAGAGGCUGUUUGUGUACGAGUUCAUGCCCCAUGGCACUCUUCAUGACCACCUCCAUGGCGGGCUCUCACCUCUGAACUGGAGCCUGAGGUUGAAGAUCUCAAUGCAGGCUGCAAAGGGGCUUGAGUACCUUCACAAGGAUGCUCUGCCUCCUAUUGUCCACCGUGAUUUUAAGACCUCCAACAUUCUCCUAGACUCAGAGUGGACAGCAAGAAUUGCAGACUUUGGGCUUCUGAGCUCUGGUGAUCGGAACCUGUAUGCUGAUUUAAGAAGUGAUGUCUACAGCUUUGGGAUAGUACUAUUGGAGAUUCUUAGUGGAAGGAAGGCUUUUGACAAGGAUUACAGCCCUCCCGACAUUGUCGAAUGGGCAGUGCCCUUAAUUAGAAAGGGUAAGGCAGCUGCUGUCAUUGAUGGGAAUGUUGCUCUUCCAAGGAAUGUGGAACCCUUGCUUAAGCUUGCAGAUAUUGCAGAGCUUGCAGUGACAGAAGAUCCUUCUAAGCGUCCUACUAUGUCUGAUAUCACAUUGUGGUUGGAGCAACUUGUAAGGGUUGGAUUGACCUUUUAGUGGUGAAGAGAGAAGACCAAUGCAGAGUAGCUUUUAGUGCAUGUUCUACUCCUAUUCUGUACAUUUGUUGUGAACUGUUUGUAAUUUCAUUGCUUACAUUCUUUCUCCACUUCAUGAAGAGAAGGAGAGUGUAAAAUUGUUGCGGCAAGGUUCGAAUUUAUUCUUGUGGGUUUUUGCACCGUCAUCUUAGAAUUGUAGUUCUGCUCCCAUGUAUUCUUCUUACCACAGUUGCAGAGGAAAUGAUAAAUUUUGUAAGAUGUCUUCUCUGUUUAUUGAAUAAAAUUUCAAAUCAUUUUAUUGAA